GAUGUGGCACGACGGCUGCCAUUAUUUAACGCCGUGCUCCGCUCAGGAACGAUCUAGUUUCUGAAUUUCGUCCACUGAACGAGGUUACAUUUUUCAUUGUAAGAAUGUCAAAAUUGAGUGUUACAUUGCUCUUCAUUGGGCUGUCGUUGCUAGUAGUUUGCGAUGGAUCCCCGAUUGGUCCGAGCUCGGAGUCAAAUGAAUCGAACGAAGUGGACGAAUUCCUGACCGAAAUGCGUGAAAUGUGCAAAAACAACACAGGUUCCGAUGAAGCAUUCCCCAAUUUUAUGCAAUCGGUUGAACAGGCUAUGAUGUGUGCUACCGCUUUCGAUGUAGACAAUUUCGUGUCUGAUUUGGAAAAGCUGACAAACGCAACGCGAGGAACGUUCUUCCCCAACUACUGUCCCAAGCUGCGAACGGUCGCUACCUGCAAGGAUGGAAUUUUGGCUGGCAUGAAGCCAUGUCUCGAGAGUGAUGACUACAACAUUGUGGACGCGUUGGCCGGUAUCAUUCCAGACGCAGUCGAAUUGAUUUGUAAAAACGAUGGAAGUAUCAUAUUCCAAAUGGAAGACGAGACGCGACUGGAAUGUAUCGGUUCGAAGGUUGAUGAAUUGACGGUGUGUGCCACGUCGGUUGCGAGCACCUGGAACGAUGAUUCGGACCUUUCCGAGCUCACGCCAGAUCAGUGCAGCGCUUUAAUCAACUUCAGGCAAUGCAUAAAGGAGAAACUGGACGCUUGCCAAGUGUCGGAAAUUCUGGGCAUCUACGAUCUCUUCCAUAAUGCACUGUUUCGAAUGACGCCAUGUCGCAAUAGUACGGCGGUGCCACAACUUGAACUGGUUGAUAACAACGCGAUUGUUUGAAGCUUAAACCAGAGGGCAAAAUGUCAGGGUUACGGUUGGUGUGAUAAUGAUCUUCAUACCGACACCAAAGCCACUUCGUAAUAUGAUUGGUUGCAAACCUUACGACGAAUCCAGUUCAUUCAAUGUGGUUUAAUAAAGGAAAUUAUUAUAAAAGACCACAAAUGCAUGUUUGCUUUAUC